AUGCUGCAACAUUUUUCCUGUCAGGUUGUUGAAUUUGGUUCGAUUGACAAAAUGAUGACACAGUUUGUACGACGCAUUUUGCUAGCCUUAUUGACCAAAGCUACGCAAUCAUCGUUGAUCGAUAUAUUCAAGAAUGUGGUCACUUCACCGCAACACAAACUCUUCUCCGAGGGCCUUCAGAUAUUCAUACAUAUGGCACUGAAAAAUCACCCAGGAAAAGACAAAGACAACGAAUUGCUUCGGUCGAGAAUUGAACUGCUCGAUAGCAUCUGGGGCAGCGAUCGUUUUUGA